AACUGUUAACCUCCGAACAGAACUUCUAAUCCUCAGGACACUCCACACAGCUCACAAAACACACCAUGGCCUCAUCGGUACGACCGGUUUCCCGCAUUCUAGGCCGCCUAGGCCGGUCUGGCAUCUCAAACCUCGAGUCCAGCUCCCGCAUCCCACCACAGAGAACACCCGCCCUGCUCUCCAGAAGCGUCCUGACAGCGCCGAAGCCAAAUGGAAUUGGAAUUGGACGUGCCGCCUCACAGCAGCGAGGGUUCUCGACCUCCCCGGCUUGUCUCCGCGCCAAAACGAUGGGCCAGCUGCGCGCGCGGAACGCAACUGGUCCGUUCUCGUGGAAGGCGGCGCUGCUGUUUGUGCUGACGGGCGCGGGGAUGGUCGUUUAUUUCCGGGUUGAGAAGGAGCGGUUGGAGCGGAAGCGGAUCGCGGAGAUGAGCAAAGGGGUUGGACGGCCGAAGGUUGGGGGUCCGUUUACGCUGAUGGAUUUGGAUGGGAAGGAGUUUACGGCGGAGGAUUUGAAGGGGAAAUAUAGUUUUGUGUACUUUGGUUUCACUCACUGUCCUGAUAUCUGCCCCGAUGAGCUGGAUAAGAUGGCCGAGAUUAUUGAUCGGGUCAAGGAGGCGACCAAGGGGGAGAAUAUCUUCCUGCCGGUGUUUAUUACGUGUGAUCCUGCGCGCGAUACGCCCCAGGUUCUGCGGGAGUAUCUGAAGGAGUUCCAUCCAGAUAUUACUGGCUUGACAGGCACGUAUGAGCAGGUGAAGCAUGUGUGCAAGCAGUACCGGGUGUAUUUCAGUACACCCAAGGAUGUGAAGCCUGGAGAGGAUUACCUGGUGGAUCAUAGUAUAUACUUUUAUCUGAUGGAUCCCGAUAAUGAUUUCGUCGAGUGCAUUGGACGGCAGGAUACGCCCGAGUCGGCAUCGAAGCUGAUUCUUCAGCACAUCAAUGACUGGAAGAGAGAGGGGAAGCCCUUGAAGCGGGAUUGAUCUGUCGUAUCUUCGUUGCUGCGCUGCGCUGUACAAAACUAGACUGAGCUUGACCUGUACCUGUACAUUAGACCUGACCUCAUAAAUCCACAUCUCUAUUUUCCCCCCUCAGUCGAAGAUAAUAAUCUCCCCUCUGCAUCCCUCUCCCUAUUCUCCCUCCACUCCAUCCCCCAUCCACGAAUUCCUCCCUCUUCCAAAUCUCCACCUUCUCUUUCACCUCCUCCAGCACCUCCUCGCCCGCCUUCCACGCCAUCCCCCGAUGCCCCGCACUAACCGCAACCACAAUCGACGCCUCCGAGAUCGGAACAACCCCAAGCCGGUGCGCAAUAUACACCCCCUUUAGAUCGAACUUCUCCGCCGCCCUGGUAGCGAUCGACAUGAGCGAUUUGAGCGCGAGAGGCGGAUACGAAGUGUAGCUGAGC